CAACACAACAAUAGCAAGUGGCUGAGGCUCUCCAACUUCCAUUCCUUCUCAUCCGUACGAAUGUCCUCUUCAUUUUCCUUUAUAUACCAAAACAACGCUCUUUCUUUUCCUCUCAAUUCUCUUUCACGUUCAUCCCCCAAUUUCCCCUUUCACAACUCACACCCUUCUAACACCUUUUUUCUCAAUCUUGCUCUUUCUUCCCAAUUACUACAUAAUAUACAUGUAAAGAUGUUGUACGAACAACAACGGUUUCAACAACCGAUGAUGAAGAUAGAUACGAGGAAUUCGAAUACGACAUCGGAGAGGAGAAAAUAUAAUAAUAAUUCAAUAGAAGAAGAACAAGAGAGACUUGAAAUUGUUGACUUGAGUGGAAUGUCCUUGGAGUCUCUUCCCAACCCUUCUCUCAAUUUAGCCACCAUUUGCAAAUUGGACCUCUCCAACAAUAAUCUUCAGAAUAUUCCAGAGUCGUUAACAGCUAGACUACUGAACAUGGUAGUUUUGGACGUGCACUCAAACCAGCUUAGGUCCCUACCAAACUCCAUUGGUUGCCUUUCUAAGCUGAAGCUUUUGAAUGUCUCCGGCAACCUCAUCCAACACCUUCCCAAAACAAUUGAGAAUUGCAGAGCUUUAGAAGAUUUGAAUGUAAAUUUCAACAAGUUGAUCCAGCUACCAAACACGAUAGGGUUUGAGUUGAGAAAUCUAAAGAAGUUAUCAGUAAAUUCCAACAAAUUGAUCUUCCUUCCACACUCAAUCUCUCACCUGACAUGUUUGAAGGUUCUAGACGCACGCCUUAACUGUCUUAGAUCUCUCCCAGAGGACAUUGAGAAUCUGGUUAGCCUUGAAAGUCUGAAUGUGAGUCAGAACUUCCAAUACCUAGAUUCUCUUCCCAACUCCUUAGGACUUCUGUUAUCACUGGUUGAGCUGGAUAUUAGCUAUAACAAGAUAAAGUCAUUGCCAGAUUCAAUUGGAGGACUGAAUAAGCUUCAGAAGUUGUGUGUGGAAGGGAACCCUCUGAGUUCACCACCAGCAGAAGUAGUAGAACAUGGAUUGCAUGCAAUGAAGGAGUACUUAAGCAACAGGAUGAACGUUGGGCAACAAAGUCCAACAAAAAAGAAGUCGUGGGUUGGAAAGUUGGUAAAGUAUAAGAGUUUCAAUGUGAGAAGUGGACCCCGCGAAGAACGUGAAGCAUUCAUUAUUCCAGAUUAUAAUAGAUCUCUCGAUGGUCUUACUUCACCACGCUAUAUGGGAAUGUUUUCACCACGUCGACUUUUCUCCCCUCGUAAUUACUUCAACAAUUGAGGACUCUUACAAAUCUCUCUUUCUUUUCUAUUUUUCCUAUUCUUUACUUUCUAAACUAUGCUCUAUUGCUAUUGCUAUUGCUAUAAAUAACAAGCAAAAUUACAUUUUUGCUUUUUUAUUUUAUUUUUUUUAUUUAUAACAUUUCAUUUUUUUCUAUUAUAUAGGUUUUAGAUGCAAGUUGAGUGUUUGAGAGAUUUCGUUCUUUGUAAGUUUAGGAAAUUGAGACUCUUUUUCAUUUUUUAA